AUGUUGGAGAAGGUUGAGACUUUUAACAUGAACAGAGUAAUAGAAGACUUUGAGGAAAUGAGCAGAAACGCCGCUCAAGUCCAAAAACAAACCUUAAAAGACAUUAUCCACAAGAACCAGUCCGCCAUCUACUUACGAAACUUCGGGAUCAGUGGAAACACGACGGACCCUGAAGCUUUCAAAGCACUGGUUCCAUUAGUCACUGACUUUGAGUUAGAACCUUACAUCCAAAGAAUGGUUGAUGGUGACACGUCACCUAUCCUCACUGGCCGUCCCGUUCCAGCCAUUUCGUUAAGCUCUGGAACUAGUCAAGGCCGUCCAAAGUUUGUUCCUUUCACUGAUGAGUUAAUGGAGAACACAUUACAACUCUUUCGCACUGCUUUUGCCUUCAGGAACCGAGAGUUCCCAAUAGAUGAUAACGGAAGAGCUUUGCAGUUUAUCUUCAGCAGCAAGCAAUACACAUCAUCAGGAGGUGUCCCUGUUGGAACAGCAACCACAAACGUUUACCGCAACCCUAACUUCAAAGCAGGGAUGAGAUCAAUACAAUCCCUCUGUUGUAGUCCAGACGAAGUUAUCUUCAGCCCUGAUGUCCAUCAAGCAUUGUACUGCCAUCUCUUAUCAGGAAUCCUCUUCAGAGACCAAGUCCAAUACGUCUUUGCCUCCUUCGCUCACAGUCUUGUCCACGCCUUUAGAACCUUCGAACAGGUUUGGGAAGAGAUCGUUACCGAUGUAGAACGAGGUGUUUUAACCAACCGUAUCACCGUCCCAUCGGUACGUACCGCUAUGUCAAAGCUCCUCACACCUCCUAACCCUAAGCUAGCGGAGACGAUCAGAAGAGAGUGCUUGAAAUUGAGCAACUGGUACGGGUUGAUUCCCGCCCUUUUCCCGAACGCGAAGUAUGUUUAUGGGAUCAUGACUGGCUCCAUGGAGCCGUACGUGAAGAAGCUGAGACAUUACGCUGGCGAGCUACCUCUUGUGAGUCAUGACUACGGUAGCUCCGAAGGGUGGAUCGCUGCUAACGUUACGCCGAGAUUGUCUCCAGAGGAAGCUACGUUCGCUGUGGUUCCGAAUCUCGGUUACUUCGAGUUUCUCCCUGUGUCUGAAACAGGGGAGGAACCGGUUGGUUUAACUGAAGUUAAAAUAGGACAAGAGUACGAGGUUGUUAUAACAAACUAUGCAGGUUUGUAUAGAUACAAGCUUGGAGAUGUGGUGAAGAUCGUUGGUUUCUACAACAAGACUCCUCAACUCAAGUUCAUAUGCAGGAGGAACCUGAUCCUCUCGAUCAACAUCGACAAGAACACUGAAAGAGACCUUAGCUUUCGGUAGAAUUCAGCAGCGAAGAGACUCUCAGAAGAGAAGAUCGAAGUUAUCGAUUUCUCGAGCCACGUUGAUGUAACUACAGAGCCGGGACACUACGUUAUAUUCUGGGAGGUUUCUGGUGAGACAAACGGAGAUGUUCUUCAAGAUUGCUGCAACUGUUUAGACAGAGGGUUCAUUGAUGCUGGGUAUAUGAGUUCUAGAAAGUGUAAGACUAUUGGAGCUUUAGAGCUGAGAGUUGUCGAGAGAGGAACUUUCAGGAAGGUUCAAGAACAUUUUCUGGGACUUGGUUCAUCGGCUGGACAGUUUAAGAUGCCAAGAUGUGUGAAGCCAAGUAAUGGUAAGGUUCUGCAGAUUCUGUGUGAGAAUGUGGUGAGUAGGUUCUUUAGUACAGCUUUUGACUGAGUAUUGUGAAAUCAUAAAAUGUGGUUUUCUAUUUGUCUUUAUUGUUAAUAGAUAUAGUUUACUUUUUGUUAUUUAAUUCAGCAUGAAAAAAACCUUUUUAACUUUUAUAAAUAGAAAUAUGAAUGGAUCACAGUGGUUCUACUUA